UUGAUAGCUUCUCUCUGGGAGUAUGAUCCUAUGUAACAGCUGAACUGUCCUAAGCAGCCCUUGAAUAUUGAGUCUGAGGGUCUGUCUUUAGUGCCAGUGAGACCUGCUGUUCACCUUGAACCUGAGAUGCCUUUGAGCCCUGCUUAGAGAACACAAGGCUUAGCUGUCCUGAGCGACCUGUAUGGAGAAGCAGGAGUUAGGAGCCUGCACAGGUGUAGACACUGUAUCUGCAGCUCCUAUCACCUAUGCCAUGGACAUGUAUUGAAGGUCCACCUUCUAGACACUGGAGGAACAUUGGUGAAGAGGACAGACUUCCUUGACCUCUAGUUGGACAUUGGUGAAGAGGACAGCUUCCUUGGAGCUUUUGCUCUAGUGGUCAGGGAAAGAGAGAGAUGGUAAGCCAGUGAGACAAACAGGAGAAUUACUUGUGAAAAGUGCUCUGAAAGAAAUAAACCAUGGUAAGACCACACAAUGGCAUCUAUUCUUGACAAAGUGGUCAGGGAAGGCCUCUUAAGGAGGUUCCUCAACUGAGUACCAAAGUACCUGUGUAGAGGGAUGGUUAUGGAGCAACAAGAGCUGAUGUGAAUCUGGGGAAGGGGUUCAUAUUUCCCCUGUAUUUUGAGUACUGUCAUUAACAUGGAUUGGGAUGCCAAACCUUGAGAUGGGUAGGUGCCCAGGGAAGCAGUUCUAUUGCUAGUGGCUGCCUGGGCAGGUUGCUUCCAAGAGGCACAAGUCUACAAGUGAUGUCAUCACCACAGGGAUGCAUCCUUGAGUUCCCAAUCUAUCCCUGCUUUUGUCCUAAAAGACAGCAUUUCUCAGGCACUUUGUCCCUCAAAUCAUAGAUGUGAAGAGCCAUCUGAGUAGAACAGUCAUUGCCUGGUCUCGGUACAUUUGGAUAUCUGGGCCUUCCAUUGCCCUGAACACCUCCUCUACCUGGAUAAGGGGUGGGAAGAUGAAUUUUGAAGAGUGUGUACACAGAUGUCAGCCUCUGUUGGUAUCAUUAAACCUCUCAGCAGCACUGAUGAAUGUGAAGAAAGGACCAUCACAGCUCCCUGUACAGUGGAGACCCAGAGACACUGCCCUGGGUCUCAGGGCUCACCAGGCAGAGACUGGGUACCAGAACCACCUGACCCCUCCUUUGCCUUGGAAGAAGUCAAGGAGAGCCCGGCCCUGGGUCUCCUGGAGCUAUGCCAGGUAGCUACAUGUCUGGGUUUCCCUGCAGGGGAGUGCAGCAACAAGGAGUGCCCCUUCCUGCACAUCGACCCUGAGUCCAAGAUCAAGGACUGCCCUUGGUAUGACCGUGGCUUCUGUAAGCAUGGUCCCCUGUGCAGGCACCGACACACGCGGAGAGUCAUCUGUGUGAAUUACCUCGUGGGAUUCUGUCCAGAAGGGCCCUCAUGUAAAUUUAUGCACCCUCGAUUUGAACUGCCAAUGGGAACCACCGAGCAGCCCCCACUGCCACAGCAGACGCAGCCUCCAGCAAAGCAAAGUAACAAUCCGCCAUUACAAAGGUCGUCCUCCUUGAUCCAGUUAACGAGUCAGAACUCUUCUCCCAACCAGCAGAGAGCCCCGCAGGUCAUCGGGGUCAUGCAGAGUCAAAACAGCAGUGCAGGCAACCGGGGACCCCGGCCGCUGGAGCAGGUCACCUGCUACAAGUGUGGUGAAAAAGGACACUACGCCAACAGAUGCACCAAAGGGCACUUGGCCUUUCUCAGUGGACAGUGACAGCAGCUGGAGCCAGCUCAGGGCAGCCCAAAGGGCCCCAUUGUUAGGAGCAUGCAUUUAACUGUCUUGCGCAGUGUUAGUGCAGCUCUGGCUGGAGCCAUCCUCUGGGCACAUGGGCAGUCAUCAUUCUGAAGGGUCAUGUCCGUUAGUCUAUCAUUUUGCUGUAAUCUUUUUAUAAAAGGGGACAUGUGCUCCAGUUGGGUCCCUCAAGUGGACAUCAUGUUUAUCUAGGCAUCAGUGCCUCCUUUCUAGGACUCCUGCAUCCCUGCCCUCUGGGGAGGGGAAGGAGUUGCCAGGGAAGGGCUUGUGCUGCAGUUUUGUGUGAUUGUGUGAAAGCUGGCCUUUCCCCUUGUGGUCCUCUUAAAUACCAGUUCUUGGCAACCCUGGGGACUGGUGGGUCCUUCAGAGCUGUGGCCAGGUCAUGUCUGCUUCUUUCCUGUCCUGCUGAAUCUAAAGCUGUGCCUGUUGAUAUGAACAAGGGAGCCCUGGUGGCAAUCCAAUGUCUACACGCCUUAGCCUGGUCUCAGGUAGGCAUGGUUGAGGAGGGUAUAGGGCUCUCAAAUUUGAGAUUCUUUUUCUUCUGGGUUUAAUUUCUCUUGGGACACCUGGCUGACAGCGUUAAAGGUAUACUUGAGCUGGAGUUGCAGACCUUCAGAUAGAUAACCCAGUCCCUCUGAACCUACCUCCUGCCCAUUAAGUGUCUGUACUGUCACUCAGACACCUAUGGAGGAGACGCCCUGUCCCUGAGCCUGGAAAAUGUGAAACUCAACUGCAAACUGCUAGGCAAAGUGGGCCUAUCCAAGUUAAAUUACAAGAACAAUUUUUAUAAAGUUGAUUAAAGCUUGUUUUUUAA